AGGGAAACAUUCCGACGGUCACCGAAAUGUCUUGCACUUUCGCGACGAACUUCUCCCACUAAAAGCCUAUCGGCUUAAUAAAAUGGCCAUAAAAUCACUUUUGACAGUUCCAACACUUCAAUCGUAGCAGUACUAUGCUUUUCUGGAAUCAACUGUAUAUGUGAAUUUAUGUCUGAUGUUCGGGGUUUCCUUAUUCAUGAUUUAUAUUUUUUUGGAAUCAACUGUGCAUAGGAAUUUGAUAUUACAGACAAUUCUAAUAUUUUGGUCAUAUUCUUCUGAAAUCAACUGUCUACGUGAAUUUAAACCCUAUGUUUCGGGUUUGGCGACUAAACCCAGCACCAGAGAAGGCAAGAUUGAAGCCUGUAACAAUUACAAUUAAGAAAGCCAAAUUCAAUGCUAAUGCCAUCCACUGCAAAUCUCAAUCUCAAUUUCACAGCAUUAUACAGAGAUGGUUUAUUGAAGGAAGCGCUACACAUUUUGUUUACUGCCCACAACCCUCCUGUAGAGCCUUCUAUAUAUAUUCAACUACUGCAGACCUGUAUUACCAAGGAUGCGCUUUCAGAUGGUAAACGAAUCCACUCACUUAUCUCUCACAGGGUAUUUGAGUUUGCUAAAAACCCAAUUUUUCAAAAUAAGCUUAUCAACAUGUAUGUCCAGUGCGGGAGUUUGGUUAAUGCUCGGAAAGUUUUUGAUGGCAUGAAAGAACGAGAUGGCUUCUCAUGGAAUGUGAUAAUUGCAGCUUAUAGAAGACAUGGGAAUGCUCACCAGGCAUUGAGAAUGUUUCACCAAAUGCAAGGAACAGGUGUCAAACCUGAUCAGUUCACUUUUGCCAGCAUACUCCCAGCCUGUGCCAAAAUAAGAUCUUUAGAACAGGGUAUUAACAUCCAUCAGAGCAUAAUGGAAAGGGGAUUUUUAUCAGAUGUUGUAAUUGCAAAUGCCCUGCUAGACAUGUAUGCAAAAUGCGGAAGCAUACACAAGGCGCGCGAACUGUUUGUCAAAAUGCCUCAAAAAGAUGUGGUCUCCUGGAAUACAAUGAUUACAGGAUAUGCUCAAAUUGGUGCUCUUGGCGAAGCUAUAAGGCUUUUUGAGGAGAUGCCUCGGCCAGAUGUCAUCUCAUGGAAUGCCAUGGUUGCAGGAUAUGCACGAAGUGGGUUUGUCGAAAAGGCUUUGGAGGCAUUUAAGCAAAUGCAAUCGGCAGGUUUAAAGCCAAAUUCUGCAACGUUUGCCAGCAUUCUCCCAGGCUGUGCCAAAGUGGGAGCUUUAGAAUGGGGUAUGGACAUCCAUCAAAGCAUAGUUGAAAGCGGGUUUAUGUCGGAUUUUGUAGUUGCAAGUGCCCUGGUAGAUAUGUAUGCAAAAUGUGGAAACAUACACAAGGCAAGUUCACUGUUUGAUAAAAUGCCUCAAAGAGAUUCAGUUUCCUGGACUGCAAUGAUUGCUGGAUAUACACAAAAUGGGUUUUAUGAAAAGGCCUUGGAAACUUACAAGCAAAUGCAAUUAGCAGGUGUAAAGCCAGAGUCCACAACCUUUGCCAGUAUCCUCCCAGCCUGCGGUAAAAUGGGAGCUCUAGAACAGGGUAUAGACAUCCAUCAAAACAUAAUUGAAUGUGGAUGUUCAUCCGAUAUUGAAGUUGUAAAUUCACUGAUAGACAUGUAUGCGAAAUGUGGAAGCGUACAUAAGGCACGCGAAAUUUUUGAUAAAAUGCCUCAAAGAGAUGUGGUAUCAUGGACUGCAACAGUUGCAGGAUAUGCACAAAAUGGCUUUUUCAAUGAUGCUCUCGAACUCUUUGAACUAAUGAAGCAUUCUGGAACACACCCUGACCAUGUAUGCUUCACUCGUGUUUUAUUUGCAUGCAGCCAUGCAGGUCUAGUGGAUGAGGGCUGUAAAUACUUCAAUGCCAUGAGCAACCAUUACUGCAUUACACCUAGAAUUGAUCAUUAUGUGUGCAUGGCUGACCUUCUUGGCCGUGCUGGAUAUCUUGAUGAAACUUUCAACUUUCUCAUUAAAAUGCCAAAUAAACCUGUGGUGGAUGCGUGGAUGUGUUUGCUUGGUGCUUGUAGAUCACAUAAGAAUUUAGGUUUAGGAGUAUAUACAGCAAAUCUUCUUUUUGAGCUGGAUCCUAAAAAUUCUUCCACAUAUGUUCUGCUGUCAAAUCUUUAUACAGAAAUGGGCGAGCUGGGUGAGGUUCAAAUGGUAAGGAGAUUGAUGCAAGAUAGAGGAGUUAAAAAAUUACCAGGAUGUAGUUGGAUUGAAGGCCAUAAAAUGGUACAUGUUUUUUGUGCAGGAGAUAGAUCACACCCACAGACACAGGAGAUCUAUGUAAUGUUGGAGAAACUGUCUUCAGAGAUGAAGGCAGCAGGGUAUGUUUCAGAUUUGAAACAUGCACUGAAUGAUGUGGAGGAGGAGGAAAAAGAAUUAUUCCUCUGCCAUCAUAGUGAAAAGUUGGCAAUAGCAUAUGGAUUGAUAAAUUCGCCCCCUGGAACAACCAUUAGAGUAGUCAAAAACCUUCGAGUAUGUGUUGAUUGCCACACUGCAACCAAGUUUAUCUCCAAGAUUGUUGCAAGACAAAUUAUUGUGAGAGAUGGGAACCGGUUCCAUCAUUUUAAACAAGGUCACUGUUCUUGUGGAGAUUUUUGGUGAUGUUAAAUGGAGCAAUUGUUAAGCUAGGGUUGCAGUAUAGCAAGGUGCAGCAUAUCAGAUCUGCAGUCCUAAAGGAGGGACCAGGUGUUAUUUUCAGUUUUUAAUAAGUGUUUUUUUCAA